UUAACGAUUUGCUUUGAUCUAACUAUGUUUCUUUGUUUCUAGCACUGUAUUAUGAUGGAUUUGUGAAGAAUUUAUCAUUUUCAAACAUGGAAAUGUCAUAACAUGAUGUGUGUUUUUUGAAGCCGAGUUUUUGGCCGAACGGAGCCAAAUCGCGGCGGAGCUACGACGCCGAACGUUGCACCGGCGAGUAAUCGGCCACUACGGCCGCGUUUUAGAACCCUGCGCCGCAACUCCGCCGCUCUCUCUCACAGCAACUCAGUCAUCAUUAGUCGUCACCAAAUUCGCGACGGCAUCAUCUCUGGCACCGUCGGAACCCCAUAUUAUCUGGAGUUCCAUGAUCUAGAUUCUCCAGAAACUGAAAGUCCUCUUCAGCUCUAGCUUAUUGAGAAUGGCAUUAGUUGGGGUGAUGAAGAGGGCUAGUAGAAACAAUUGGAGGGCGAGAUAUUUGGGAAGCAGGAGGCAGCUUUCAAUCACAAAUACCUUUCAAGUGGAAGAAGAUGCUAAGCUUCCUGUUCUGAUUGUCGGUGCUGGACCUGUGGGUCUCGUUUUAUCCAUCCUUCUCACCAAACUAGGUGUGAAAUGUGCUCUUGUUGACAAAGCCACUCGCUUUUCUAAACAUCCACAAGCUCAUUUUAUCAACAACCGCUCUAUGGAGAUCUUUCGUAAACUUGAUGGAUUAGCUGGGGAGAUUGAACGAUCACAGCCUCCUGUAGAUUUGUGGAGAAAAUUUAUAUACUGUACGUCUCUCUCCGGUUCAACUCUAGGCACUGUGGACCACAUGCAGCCUCAAGAUUUUGACAAGCUUCUCAGCCCCGCUUCCGUUGCUCACUUCUCCCAGUACAAAUUGACAAGUUUAAUGCUUAAGCGGUUAGAAAACCUCGGCUUUAAUGUUCAAAAAGACUCGGAUGGUCUUGACCUUACUACGGGGAAAAUCCUCAUGGGUCAUGAGUGUGUGGCGAUUGAUGCUAACAAUAAGGAAAGUGUUACUGCAACUCUUUCUUUUCUCAAAGAAGGCAAGCAUAUGAAGAGGAACAUCCAAUGUAGUCUACUGGUUGGUGCUGAUGGUGCUGGGAGUGCUGUGAGAAGGCUCGCAAAAGUAGAAAUGGGUGGGGAGAGAGAUCUACAGAAGCUUAUUAGUGUCCAUUUCAUCAGCAAGGAGCUCGGUGAGUACUUGAUCAAUAACAGACCUGGCAUGUUGUUUUUCAUUUUCAACACCGGUUGUAUAGGAGUUCUCGUUGCCCACGAUCUUCUACAAGGAGAAUUUGUUUUGCAGAUUCCAUUCUAUCCUCCUCAGCAGAGUCUAUCUGAUUUCAGUCCCGAGAUGUGCAAGAUGCUGAUAUUUAAUUUGGUGGGACAUGAGCUCACAGACUUGAAUGUAGCUGAUAUUAAGCCAUGGGUUAUGCAUGCUGAAGUCGCCGAGAAAUUCAUGUGCUGUGAGAACAGGGUUAUACUUGCUGGUGAUGCUGCUCACCGCUUCCCACCUGCUGGAGGUUUUGGAAUGAACACUGGAAUUCAAGAUGCUCAUAAUCUUGCAUGGAAAAUAGCAGCUCUAGUUCAGGGUUCUGCAAAAUCUUCAAUUCUUAAUACUUAUGAAACAGAGCGUAGACCGAUUGCCCUUUUCAAUACUUCACUCAGCAUUCAGAACUUCAGAGCAGCUAUGUCGGUUCCUUCAGCGCUAGGUCUUGACCCAACAGUUGCAAACUCAGUUCAUAGGUUUAUAAACAAAACAAUCGGUUCCAUCCUUCCAACUGGGAUGCAAAAGGCGAUCUUGGAUAAUGUCUUUGCACUAGGUCGUGCACAGCUUUCGGAAUCCCUGUUGAAUGAGAGCAAUCCCCUGGGACAUCAGAGACUUAGCAGACUAAAAAGUAUAUUCGAAGGAGGAAAAAGCCUGCAGCUACAGUUUCCUGCAGAAGAUCUUGGUUUCAGGUAUCUAGAGGGAGCCAUUGUUCCUGAUAAAGAGUCUGAAGCUGGUGAUCCUGAAGCACCGAGUGGUCGUAGAAGAGACUAUGUUCCUUGUGCUGAACCAGGUUCAAGACUGCCUCAUAUGUAUGUGAAAGUCCUGUCAGAUUCCACAAGAGAAGUUAUUGUUUCUACACUGGAUCUUGUUUCGAUCGACAGGGUGGAGUUUCUACUUAUAAUAUCGCCCUUACAAGAGUCCUAUGAGCUAGCUCGCGCUACAAUCGAAGUCGCAAAAGAGUUCAAGGCUGAUGUAAAGGUAUGUGUGGUCUGGCCUAGUAGUAGUAGCAAUGAUGGUGUUGUAAGGGAUAGCAAAUCAGCGCUAGUUCCAUGUGAAAAUGUUGUUGACGUUAUGGAAGUUGGUGAAGAAGCUUCUUGGUGGAGUAUUUGUAAGAUGUCAGAGAGAGGUUCUAUUUUAGUUCGUCCGGAUGAACACAUUGCUUGGCGUAUGAAGUCUAGUGUUCCUUUGGAACCUACUCUGCACAUGAGAGAUGUCUUCACCAUCAUACUUGGUAAACAAUGAACAAUGAUGCCAAAUUACUCCACAAAUUCUUCUUUGUAUUCUAUUUAUUUCCAAAUAAAACCACGUCUGUUUUUUUUUUU